AUGGGCCGUAAAUCAAUCCUGAAACCUGUAUUGACAGCAUUGCUUUUUAUCGUUGCUUGUUAUGCCUCCUUUAAUGCAUUCUACUAUCCAAAUCCGGGCAAUCUAGAUUCCACUCUUUCAAUGAAGAACAAACCAAAAAAGAUUAUUAUUAUUAAGUCCCCAGUUAAGGUCUAUAUGUACGAUCUUCCGAGAAGAUUCACAUAUGGGGUUAUCGAAAGUUACUCAGCCGUUCGCCACCAGGGGCCUGUGAAUGUUCAUGGGUCUUCAGCAUUGCCAAAGUAUCCAGGAAAUCAGUACUCAGCAGAAUGGUACUUGUUUGCAGAUUUGAAACGACCAGACCGUUUUGUUUCUGUUCAUGGUUCUGGUUCUCCAAUAGAGAGGGUGUUGGAUCCAGAAAAGGCAGAUUUAUUUUAUGUACCAUUUUUCUCAUCUUUGAGUUUGGUUGUGAAUCAGAUUAAGUCUGGUUCUGGACAUGCAGUGUAUAGUGAUGAGGAAACACAAGAGGGGCUUGUUGAGUGGCUUGAAAAGCAGGUUUACUGGAAGAGGAAUAAUGGAUGGGAUCAUAUAUUUGUAUGUGAAGAUCCUAGUGCCUUGAAUAAGGUUGUGGAUAGAAUUAAGAAUGGGAUUUUGCUUGUUUCUGAUUUUUGGAGAUUACGUCAGGACCAGGGUUCAUUGGUGAAAGAUGUGAUAUUGCCUUACUCGCAUCGUAUUAGAACCUUUGAUGGGGAAGUUGGUGUUGAGUCGAGAAAGUCUCUAAUCUUCUUUAUGGGGAAUCGCUAUAGGAAGGAGGGUGGGAAAAUUCGCGAUAUGCUUUUUCAGAUUCUUGAAAAAGAAGAUGACGUGAUUAUAAAGCAUGGUGUACAAUCGAUUGAAAGUCGACGAAUAGCUUCACAGGGUAUGCAUACAUCGAAGUUUUGCUUACAUCCUGCUGGUGAUACUCCAUCGGCCUGUCGACUUUUUGAUGCAAUUGUGAGUCUUUGUAUUCCAAUUAUAGUUAGUGACUACAUUGAGCUGCCCUUCGAAGAUAUCAUAAAUUACAGGAAAAUUGCUAUAUUUGUGGAUACAAAUACAGCUCUGAAACCAGGUUUCUUGGUUAACUUUCUUAGAAAUGAAGUCAGCUCAGAAAGGAUUGUGGAGUUUCAAAAGGAGAUGAAAAAGGUAAAACACUAUUUUGAAUACGACGAUCCAAACGGAACAGUAAAUCAAAUAUGGCGACAAGUGUCUCAAAAGCUCCCUCUUAUCAAGCAGAUGAUCCAUCGCGAAAGACGCCGCAUUAAGAAGUAUUUGGCUGAACCCGACUGCUCGUGUCUUUGUUCAAACCAUACCGAAGCAGUGAUAAAUAUGUGA